CAGACCGAUUCUGUGCUCAAGAGUUUGUACGUGGAUUUGUUGAGUAAGUUUGAGUUGACCAAGGUGUGCCAUAAGGACGUCCAGAAAUCGAUUGAGAGUUAUGUUGUGAAAGUGGUUGAGAAGAAUCCACACAUUUUGGACAAAGAUAAUGAACAGGAGUGCUCUGUGCUCAGGGAGGCCAUGGCUAAUGUCAAGAAAUGCGCCAAAUUUUAAACUAAAUUUACUAAAUCUUUAUUGAAUAAAAACCUUUGAAAGUUUGAAUGUUUUUCAUUGAUAACUAUUAUUACAAUUAUUACAAAAUAAC